GCGGCCGCACGGCAUCGGCGGCAGUGUGCAAACUACAAACCGAACGUGAACACCGUGGGCGGACGACAUCGACCGCGACAAAUCACGUUUCAAUUACAACCGUCGCCGCUACCCGAGACACGCUCGUCGUCAUGAGGGAGAUUUUGCAUUUGCAGGCCGGUCAGUGCGGAAAUCAGAUCGGAGCCAAAUUUUGGGAGAUCAUUUCGGAUGAACAUGGUAUCGAUCCAUGUGGUGCGUACCACGGCGACAACGACUUACAAUUGGAGAGGAUCAAUGUUUACUUUAAUGAAGCCAGCACCAAUGGGAAAUAUGUGCCUAGAGCAAUUCUGGUUGAUUUGGAACCUGGCACCAUGGAUUCAGUCCGUUCCGGACCGUUCGGUCAGCUGUUUAGGCCUGAUAACUAUGUUUUUGGACAAAGCGGCGCAGGUAACAACUGGGCUAAAGGUCAUUAUACGGAAGGUGCUGAGUUGGUGGACUCUGUGAUGGAUGUAGUACGUCGUGAGGCUGAAAACUGCGAUUGUUUACAAGGAUUCCAACUGGCUCAUUCCUUAGGUGGAGGAACAGGAUCCGGUAUGGGUACUUUGUUGAUAUCGAAAAUUCGAGAGGAAUAUCCAGACCGCAUAAUGAAUACAUUCAGUGUUGUUCCAUCUCCGAAGGUAUCGGACACCGUGGUGGAACCCUAUAACGCCACACUGUCUGUGCACCAGUUGGUGGAAAACACGGAUGAAACGUUUUGUAUCGACAACGAAGCAUUGUACGAUAUUUGUUUUAGGACCCUAAAAUUGACGUCGCCGACGUAUGGCGAUCUCAACCAUUUGGUCUCUGUAACUAUGUCUGGAGUGACGACAUGUCUUCGGUUUCCUGGUCAAUUGAACGCUGACUUGAGAAAGUUGGCCGUUAAUAUGGUCCCAUUCCCGAGGUUACAUUUCUUUAUGCCUGGAUUCGCUCCACUUACAGCUAGGGGUAGUCAGUCUUACAGAGCCCUUUCAGUUCCGGAACUCACCCAACAAAUGUUUGACGCCAAGAACAUGAUGACAGCUUGCGAUCCUAGACACGGACGUUAUCUGACAGUGGCCGCCAUAUUCAGAGGGAUAAUGUCUAUGAAAGAAGUCGAUGAGCAAAUGUUGAACAUUCAGAAUAAGAACUCUGGAUAUUUCGUGGAAUGGAUACCAAAUAACGUUAAAGUCGCCGUGUGUGAUAUACCACCCCGUGGUCUCAAAAUGUCGGCAACAUUUAUUGGUAAUACUACCGCCAUCCAAGAGAUAUUCAAACGCAUUUCCGAACAGUUCACAGCCAUGUUCCGCCGUAAGGCAUUCUUACAUUGGUACACAGGCGAGGGUAUGGACGAAAUGGAAUUCACUGAAGCCGAAUCCAAUAUGAACGAUUUAGUAUCCGAAUACCAACAGUACCAGGAAGCUACAGCUGAAGAAGUUGAAUUUGACGAUGAAGAAGUUAUCGAAGAAGUCGAUGACAACAAAGAUUACUGAGUAUUGUGAACUGAAUAUUAUGUACAUUAUGACUAUGACAGACAGUUGUUCAACUUAUGAAUUAUUUAUGUUGUACGUUGACUCUAUUGAGUUUUUAAGUUUUUAAACUCUUAUUGCAUUUGUUAAAUGUUAAUUAAUUUGUGUCGUUAGAAAUUUAAAACUUUUAUUAAACGAAUACCGUUUUCGAAUAAUAA